GCCGGCUUCACUCGCAUCGCUGGCGUCUGCGUCUGCGCAUCCUCCGAGUGCUGAGCGCUUGAGCGCCGAGCGUACAUAUCUCCCAACAUGGGAAAAGAACGGCUGUUUUACCGAAAGGAGCUUUUCCCCCGGUUUAGGCAGCCAUGGCCAGAAAAGGCAAGAGUCGCACUAAAUGUGGACCCUGUAACUUUUGCUCCGUCGCCCAGACGCUUAAUAAUCUGCGGUAUUUGUCGACUUCUGAGGUAGCGAGAUGAAGCGAUAGUCGUCGAUUAUCUAUAACGAAGGGUGAGUAAAUUUUCA